AUGUCGACAGAAAAGGGAGACAAGAGCUCCGAGCCCGUGCUAGAUUUCAGCCAAUUCCCUGCCAAGGCCUUGCAUUCUUACAUCGUGCAUCACGGUCUGGGAAAAGGCUAUCCUCCUAUCCCGGACCGUCCAGAAGCGGAAGAGGAGGAGGAGGAGGAGGAGGAGGAGGAAGAAGACGGAGAGGAAGGUGACGAAGUGGUGGGCUCAGAGGAACAGGGAGAGCUCUCGACUGGUCCCAGCACUUCCAGAGCGGGUCGAGCAUCAGUGAAGAGGAGGAGAUCGCGCAGUCCUGCAGAGCAUCCCAGCUCAUCCAAGCGCAGCCGUUUGAGAGCAAGAAGUCCGCCUGGUCAAGCAAAUGCCAAGAAGGGCUCAGGUGUCGAUGCCGCGUUGGGCGCUGGCAGCGGCACGGGUGCAAAUGAUGAAGAUGCGGAAGAUAUCGAGGCCCCUGCGCACUUUGCGGACUCUGAUGCCGCGGCUACACAUCUAGGGGCAGUGGCAGGAAGACACUUUCAAUCUUUGCCAGCUCCCAAGGAGGGAGAGGUGGUGGUCAACUUCCUGUACAGGUGCAGAGUUGGAAACAAGACGCUCAGGGUUGCAGCAAAUUGA